CGGGCACUAGCCGCGGGAACCCCCGGGCCUCCUCGCGGCCAAGCCUGAGCGACCCCCGGGUUCUCCGGCUCCCCCUCCCUCCGCCCUAUUUUUUUCCUGCUCUCGCUGCAGCUACCGCUUCGGCUCUGUGUUAUGGCAACGGAGCCGCCAUCCCCCCUCCGACUCGAGGCUCCUGGCCCCCCAGAAAUGCGGACCCCACCCGUGAGCGAGCCCCCCCCCGAGGGCAUCCCGAAGCCGGCAGGCGGCAGGCUCCGCUUCCUCAAUGGUUGCGUGCCCCUCUCGCAUCAGGUGGCCGGGCACAUGUACGGAAAGGACAAAGUGGGUAUCCUGCAACAUCCGGAUGGCACAGUUUUGAAACAGUUACAGCCACCUCCCAGGGGUCCAAGAGAGCUGGAAUUCUAUAAUAUGGUAAGUGAGGUUUAUGCUGCUGAUUGUACUGAUGGUGUUCUUUUAGAGCUACGAAAAUAUUUGCCAAAAUAUUAUGGCAUCUGGUCACCUCCAACUGCACCAAAUGAUUUAUACCUAAAACUGGAAGAUGUGACCCAUAAAUUUAAUAAGCCCUGUAUAAUGGAUGUAAAGAUAGGGCAAAAGAGUUAUGAUCCUUUUGCCUCAUCUGAGAAGAUUAAGCAACAGGUCAGCAAGUACCCAUUAAUGGAAGAGAUUGGGUUCUUGGUGCUUGGCAUGAGGGUUUACCAAAUUCAUUCUGACAGCUAUGAGACACAAAACCAGCACUAUGGAAGAAGCUUAACGAAAGAAACUCUAAAGGAUGGGGUCUCCAGGUUUUUUCAUAAUGGAUUCUGCUUAAGAAAAGAUGCUGUUGCUGCCAGCAUUCAGAAGAUUCAGAAUAUUCUGCAAUGGUUUGAAAAUCAGAAGCAACUUAACUUUUAUGCAAGUUCAUUACUGUUUGUUUAUGAAGGCUCAUCUCGGCCAACUACUACAAAAUCAAAUGACAGAACUUUGGUAGAAAAGUUUUUGUCCAAAGGACAACUGUCAGACACAGAUGUACUGGAGUACAAUAAUAACUUUCAUGUGUUAAAUUCCACAGAGAAUGGAAAAAUAGAUGUUUCAGUAGGCAAAAGCUUGUCCAAGAUGUAUGCUUGUCACAGAAAAAUGUGUUCAAAAAAGCAUCACAGUCAUACUUCAUUGAAAGCUGAAAAUACAGAGCAAGACAAUGGGUGGAAAAGCAUGUCACAGGAACGUUUAAAUGGAAAUGUACUUUCCCAACUGGAAAAAGUUUUCUGCCAUCUUCCCACUGGUUGCCAGGAGAUUUCAGAAGCAGAAGUGCGAAUGAUAGAUUUUGCUCAUGUGUUCCCUAGCAACACAGUAGAUGAAGGAUAUGUUUAUGGGCUGAAGCAUUUAAUUACUGUACUGCAAAGUAUUUUAGACAAUUGAAUCCUUUGCUGUGGUCUUUUUAAGGGAUGGGGCAAUCAUAACAAAAGCAGCAGUCAAUAUCUCUAUACUUGUAAAGCUAUGUAAAAAAUUUAUAUUGUGAGUCUACAUUUUGGCUUUAUACUUUUGGUAGAAGGGUUAUCUUUUUUAUAAUCUUACUCAGGAAAACUAUCUGUUCAUUAGAAAACUAUGAAGAAUAAAAAACUUAGGAAUGUUAAGCAGGGAAUGUGGUGGUACAUGGCUUAAACAUCUAUUUGGCUCAAGCAAAAUGCAAACCAUUAUUCAGUCAUUAAGAGUUUAUUUAGCUUUCUGUAGCCAAUUUGUCAUGAAAUUUCUGCCCACCCAACCUUGACAAUGAGCCAUAUCUAAACUCAUUAAUUUAUUAGAACACUUUAAAAAAUCUAGAAAGCACAGGUUGAUGUCCUUAGUAUUGCUAUGAAUGAAGUUAUUAAAACUGGAGAAAAUUCUACUUCAGAAAGUUAAGUACUGUUUAGGUGUUAUAUUAAAAGUUCAGACCAGCAUAUCAAAAGGUGCUUCUUAGUAAAGUGAUUUAGAAUUAUUGCAUUCCAAAAGCAGAUUUUCUCUUUAAUUUCCAUUUAUUUGCAUAUUUCAAAAUAUUAUAUAAAGAUAAUUGAAGUGAACAACAACAACAACAAAUUUCUUGGAAUUAAGUUCACUAAUAAUUAUUCUUGCCAGGGUUAGGAGAAGAAAAAGGGCAUUUGCAAGGAGCAAAAUGUUUUCUUUUAAACUCUUAAAUUGAUGCAAAAAUUAGAAAAAGUAUUUACUAUAUUGUGAAAAAUGUUAUAAACCAUAUAAUACCUUUUCCUACCUUUUCAAAAGGUAGAUGAUUGUCUUAUUUUUCCUUUAAAGACCUUUUGAGAAUUUUCUCUUUUAAAAUGCAUGUAUUUAUAUGUCUUCAUUUAGUUAAACAGUAGUAUAUAUUGCUAAAAAGUGUUUCUUAGAAUUCUAAUAAGCAGUGAAGGACACCACCCAGUAUUGUAUCAAAAGUACCAUGGGUAAUUAGUGCACCUCUAUAAGUUUGGUGCAUAUCUAAAUCCAUGCUUCUAUUUCACUCUUACUCAAAACAGUUUUAUAUCCUAUUCCAGAUAGAAAUAACAAUUUAAAUUGUAAUGAGUGGAAAAAUUAUCAUCUGUAUUAUCUGUGUUUCACAUCUACUACCCUUUAAAAAAUAAGUAGUUACUUGUUAUUGAAAACAUUAAAACUUUGAAAUUAAAUUUGCAAAUAUGUUAGAUAUUUAUGAAAGCAUUACUUGCACUUUGAUUCACUAACACAUCUAAGCAGUUAACAGUUUUGCUGUAUUCUUGGAAGAUGUUUUGUAUUUGUGAGCUGUUGAACUUUCUCCCCUCUUUUUCCCCUAGAAUUACAAAUUAAACUUUUAAAUCUUAACGUCUUUUUUUUUUAGUGUGAAGUAUCACAAUUUUGUGUUUAUUUCACCUUCCCAGUCUGUGUUUUUCACAAAUAUCUGAGCACAAACAGAAGUACCAAAUGCUCUAUGAAUUCUAUGCUUAGUAACUCUAGUAAACCUGAAUAACUUUAAAAUUCAUAUACAUUUUGUUACAGCAAAAUUUGGUUUUAAUUUUUUAUUUAGAGUGAGAAUAAGUAUUUUUUAUAGAGACUGCAUAUUUUUCUCUACUGCCUAAAUAGGUAUUGGCUGUAGCUUUUCUUUGUGGGGAUGAAUUUCAAGUCCUAAUAGUCAAAAAUUUUUUAUUCUAAUUUUUUUUCUCCCACAACAUAGACUUUUGUUGUUGUUGUUGUUAUUUGGACAGGGGUUCAUAAGUCUGAAGCUCAGAUAAUUAACAAUUUUGAGUCUUAACAAGAGGGUUGUUUUGAAUGGGAUGGUAUCAGGCUAUGUACAAUGAAUUUAAUAAAUUUAAAUAUUACCAGAUUUUUUGCACAUUUUAGCUCAAUAAAGUGUGAAUCAACUGUUCUAGAUUUUCUUUAUCCAUAUGUAGAAAUAUAGUUUUGUAAAAAUCAAUGUCUUACCUUUUUGAUACAAUAGAUCAUAUUUUUUUUUUUUAAAUAAAACAGGAAGCGCUUUUGUCUUUUAUUUUUCAGGGAAGAGAUUAACAUUUAAUUCUGUUUGUUUACAUUUUUUAUCACUGUUACCCAGUGCCCAUUUUAUGUUAUUUUAUAAGUAAACUUACAUGUCACGGAAUAAGUCUCUGUUUAUGUAAUCUACAUGCGAAUAUUUUACUAUCUAUCUAGCCCAGUCACUUAACAUUAUGCUGAAAUUUACCACUGUGGGGAAGAAUGAUCACUAUUCACCAAGCAUGUUUAAACAUGUACGUGAUUAAUAAAUAAGCAUAAUAAGGAUAUAGUUUGGGUUAAUAGGAUUACCAUAGUUUAUUCCCCCUAGGAAAUAUAAAUAAUGAUUUUAGUGUAUUUCUUUUGGAAUGCACUCAUGAAAAGGACUUUAAGAAAUGGUGGAUAGUGAAUAAUACAUUUCUCUAAUAAAAAUUUAAAUUGUGUAAUAGUUUUAUAAUAAAGUAUUUACACUAAUAUUUUAAUAUGGAUGGAAGUUGCAUAAAUUCAAGUAAAUUAAAAAUUGAUGAUAAAUGCUAAAUAUUUUAUCUAAAUAGUUUUUCAAGAAACAGUUGUGAAAAUGUGUAUAUUAAAUGGCUCUAACGUGGAACUUGUAUUUUCAACUCAGUAUUCAUUAUUCUUUGUUUUACGUGUCUGGAAAGAUCGUACUUACUAUGCCUCUUUACACUACAAUUUGCUAUUGUGGAGCUUUAGAUUGUAUUCAACUGAAUAAGGACUUUUUAUAUGAUUUUGAUUGAGUAUAACUUACUAUUUUAUGAUUUCCAAAAUGAUGUUCUUCAUAUUAUCUCUGUAAAGUCUAUAUAUUAAAUUUAUAAUAAUAUAACUUAAGAAAAAGGAAUUAAUUUUCAGAGAUAUUUCAGUUGUAAUUUUCAUAUUUCAUGCAACUGAAAACAUUUGUUUCUAGGAUUGGGAAUACUGAGAAGAUAUGGGAUGAAAGAAGGUAUGUAACUGUUUUAUUUGUGAUAUUACAGAAAUUUUGUCCACUAUUUUUAAAACAUUGUCAUCAUUUUAGUACUCUUUUAGCAGUUAGGCAUUUGAUACUUUAAAACUUGAUUUGCUCUUAAAAUUGUUUACAAUGCUUUGUAAUAAUCUUCCUUAUCCUGUGCCUUUAACCUUGAUUUGAUAUGUUUGUAGCCUCAGUUAUCCUUCCACUACAUCCUGUAAUAUUUUUAUAGCCUAGGCAUCAGUUUCUUUUUAAAAAAAAAAAAAAAGUGUCAAUUUUAUCACGUAAAGAGGUAGCAAUUGUCUAUUGAUGCUUUGGAAAGACAAGUAGAGUUGCCAAUGGAGGCCAGGCUUCUUAAUUCAUUCAAAAAUAUUUACUGGAUUUCUACCAUGUGCCAAACAUUUUUAGCCCCUGAAUAUACCGUUGUGAACCAAUCAGACAAAGCCCUAAACAUUUUCAGCAUUCUGUCUAGAUGGGGUGGGGUUGGGGACUUAAUUAAAAUAGAGAUACAGAGAAAUAUGCAUUUAAUGAUAAAGUUCACUAGCAUUUGAAUUUGUGUAAAGAUAAUUAUUAAGCUGAGCUAAAGCAACUGACAAUAUGUUAGAAAGGUUAAAAAUAAUAUGUUGCAUCAUUAUAACCUCUAUUUGACUUUUGGGUUCAGGUAGCAAUUAUAGAUAGCAUAAAAAGGCCUUAAUUUUUCUUUUCACUUUUCUUGCCAGUAAAGGUACGUUUAUUUUUAGGCCGUCCAUUUAGAGUAGUGUUUUAAAAUAGCGUUACUGUGAAAAAUAUUCCAUUACGUAUUCACAAGCAACUUACUGCACAUUUUUAAAAUUGUGUUUUACAAUUUAGUUAAAAAUAUUUUAGGCCUCAAUUUCAUCUUGAAAUCACUGGUAUUUUAAAUUUGGCAAUGAAUAUGAAAUUACUUUUUGAUUUACAGAAUGCUUGUAUUAUUACUUAAACUACUUGUUAAUAUUUUAGGAAGAUUGGAAUCUUUGGCUUUUUGAUGUUUAAAUUCUUGUUAAUGUUGAUAGUGUCUAAUGAGAGGAAAUAGUGUUCAUGUGAUUAAAUAAAUUAGAAUGUACUUUGAAGAAUUUUUUUUUAAUUGUUAAACUUUGUCAUCAUGGGGUUAAAGUUUGGCCUGGUGUUCACUUACAGCGUAUAUUAAGUUUAAUUAUGAAGUGAAAUAGUUUCAAGUAAGAUGUGGAAUGCACCUGCAUAUAAAUGAAAUUGGCGUGCACAAAGACACUUUACUGUAGGGAGCUGUACUGGAAGAUUUAUGAAAGCAUGUGAAAUUGCACCUAAAAUUGUAUUAGUGACUAUGCUAAAUUUAUUGUACUUGAUGAGUGAAUGUAUUUAGUGUAGUCAAAGUUACUUUGGUUUAAAUGUCUAAACAAUGUCUCUCUUUUUAAUGUGUUUGUAAUUUGUAUUAUUGAUGGGAGUAUUCUUGGACUGCAGGGGUUAUUGUCAAUGUGUGAUUUGUGUUUUUAUUUCAUAGAGUCAUCUAAUGUGGUAUACCGAUUUUGAUAAGUGAUACUUAGAUAAUUCUAAUAACUGUAUAUUUGACAACCUAUUAAAAUGUUUUGCAUUGGA